AUGGCGCAUGGUGAGGAGGGACCACUCUCCUUCUUGGAUCGGUUGUUGGAAGAGGAAAGACACAGCAACUUGCAUUUGGGAGAUGUUCGGUUUUGGAAGCAUCUGGAACACAUGGACAGCAGUCACAUCUAUCGCACAAAGUCCCUCGAGUACAAGACCAUGAAGCUCAUGUUCUGCGAGGGCGUGUUCUUCGCCUUGUUUCUGUUCGUGCUCACCACUUACUUGAUUUCAGAAAAAGCCGGCGAUUUGUACUCAAGCCGCAGGCAGCAGCUAGACUACUGGGGCGGUUGCACCAUGCAGGCAACCACCCGCAACUGCAAGAUAAAUGAUGUGAAGGGCAUCCCCUCUCUCCUCCAAUGGUUGAGAGAUGAUUUUGUUCCAUUGGCGUUUACCGACCGCACCGAAUAUCCUUCCGUUGUUAUGUCGCCUUCCGUCUUCAGACUGCAGGAUGGCACGAUGCACUGGACACCACGUUAUGUUGGUGACACCCAAACCUCAGUGCUUAUCGGGACGAUCCGCAUGCGGCAAGUCAGAGUGCAAUACAGCCAAGCCUGCAGCAUCCUCGACGAGCUGAACGACAUUGGGGUCACUGAUUGCUUUGCAGACUACAGCGAUGCAGUGCAGAGUCGCCUGCCAUGGGCGCCAGCCUGGACACCUAUCCACUUGAAGGACCACUACCAGUUCAGGAGUGCUAAUGUCACCGAGCAGCGAGAGUUUGUCGGCAGGUACGCUGUCUAUCCGGGCGACGGUUUUGUCCUGGACUUGGGGCUGAACCUCACUGGUGCACAGACCAGGAUGCUGGAGUUGGAGUACUGGAAGUGGUUAGACUUUCGCACGCGUGCCUUCAUGAUUGAGUUGAACACCAUCAACCCCAAUGUGAACAGCUUCGUGCACAGCAGGAUACUCUUUGAAUUCCCAGCAGCUGGUGGCGUGCUCAUCCGUCAAGAGGCUUUUCCUUUCCGUGCUGUACAGCUCUCAUUGGCCCUCAUGGCUGCGGACGACUUCGGUGGCAGCUUCGUUUAUCUGGUUCUGACCUGCGGCUUCAGCAUUCUUUUCGCCAUAUAUAACAUAUGGUUGAUCUACAAGAACGGCGCCCGUUUUUUCACAUACUUCUGGUCCAACGUGGAUUUGUUGAGCCUUGUGGUAUGGGCAUGGAUGCUGUUGCUUAAGAUCCAGAUCUUCCAGGUGGCAGACACACUUCCGAACCUGACCCCGGACGUCAUCAGCGACCCAGAGAUGUUUUAUCCCAUUGGCACGCUGGUUCCCAACAUGGAGCUUGUGAUGGGAUUGCAGGCACUGCUAGGACUUAUCACAUGGCUUCGAGUCCUGAAGUACUUGACGCUCUCGCGCACGUUCCUGCCCUUUGUGCGAGUCUUCGAGCGCUGUUUCAUAGCCUUGAUCAAGUAUUCAGCGCUGCUGUCCGUAGCACUCUUUGGCUUUGCGGUGGCUAUCUACAUCGGCUUCGGAACUGAGGCUGGCAUUUACAACAGCAUCUGGAGCACUUUCGUUGCAGUUGCUGUGGCGCCAGCGGGUGGUGUCGACUUGGGCCCCGUGACGGACAAAAACAACAGCUUGGUCGCUCCAAUCAUCUUGUUCUCCUACAUCAUUGUCGUUGUCCUCUUGGUGCUGACGACGUUCAACGCUAUCCAGAUCGACUCGUACAGUGUGACCACGUACGAGCUGUCGACUCUAAAGCGACAUAAAGCGCCUGGUGCCGGCGGCGACCCGACCAUCAUAUUUAUUUGGACUUACUUGAAUGCCUUAAAGGGUGUGAAGCUGGUCGGGAAGGAGAGGAACGAAGAUAUUGGAGGACCAGAAGACCAGAUCAUUGCGCUGAGCUCUCUGCCCGAGCCGGUAGCCACGCGGUACUAUCGAAUGAAGAGGAAGAUGGAGAAAAUUCGGGACGCAGCACUGGACAGGCUAGAGGACUUGAGGCGCCAGAAGCUGAUCGAAGCUGGGAUUGGCCUGGAGCAGAUCGAAGACACCCGCCGCAGUGGACGAAGAUCGUCCCAGUUGGCGUUGGCUGACGGCGACGGUGUACCGCAACAAGAUGAUGAGGACGAUAGGAUUCCGACGUCCUCGGAAAUGGCCACCAUCAUCGUGAAUCGGGUGCAACUUCAGCGAAUGUUGGACGAAGAUCCGAGGCUUGCAGAAAUCUGCUCGUCGGACAAAGCCGUUGAUGUCGUUCGACGGUUUCGGGUGGACCAAACUGGAGACGAUCCCUUCGAAGUGGUGGCCCGGCUCCAGGCCUCAGUGGCCGAGAAGCUAAACGCCAUAGAAAGUAUCGGCACUGAUCUUGCUUUCGACGAAGUUGAGACGCUGCGGGUCAUGUCACAGGAGCUGCACAGCGCCCUUACCGAGUCGCAGAAGGAAUGGCGCGCCGAGCUGCUUUCAGUCCUGCAGCUGGCAUCACUGCUGUCGAAUGCCUUGAUAGAUCUGACCAAGAAGAUCGAGCAGGUCCAGCUGAACCACACCGAGCUGGCGAUUCGGGCGGCCCCGUUGACCAUUGGAAAGAAAUGA